AUGGCACCCGCGACGACUGUGAACCAACUCCCUCAGGCAGACGCCUCUGCCGCCACGAAGGGUACCAACGGCAACGGCACAGCCGCCGUAGAUAAAGGCACAUUGAAGCUCUCCAGCGUCGUCAAGCCCGUCAAGUACGACGACCCGUAUCAGCAACGGCAGCAUCUCAAGGAGCGCCUGGCCCUGGGCUUCCGCCUCUUUGCCAAGAACGGCUUCGACGCCGGCGUGGCCGGCCACAUCACCGCUCGAGACCCCGUUGAGCCCGGCACCUUCUGGCUGAACCCGUUUGGUGUUCCCUGGCCGCUCCUGAAGGCUUCGGAUCUCAUCCGUGUGGACGAGAACGGAGAGGUCGUCGAAGGAGGACCGGUGAGGCUUCUCAACACUGCCGCAUACAUGAUCCACCACGCAGUUCACGAAGCCAGACCAGACGUCAUCUGCGUGGCGCAUUCCCACUCACUUUACGGCCAGGCCUUUUCCACCCUGGGUCGCAACUUAGACAUCAUCAGCCAGGACACCUGCGCCUUCUACAACGACGUUGUCCUGUACGACAGCUUCGGCGGUAUCGUGCUCGGAAAGGAAGAGGGCAUCCGCAUCGCAAAGGCCCUUGGCGAGAAGAAGGCCGCCAUCCUUCAGAACCACGGUCUCAUCACCUGCGGAAAGUCGGUCGAGAGCUGCGUGUAUUGGUUCCUGAGUCUGGAGCGCUGCUGCCACCAGCAGUUGCUCGCCGAUGCCGCGGCGGGAGGUCGGGGUCAUCUGACGGUGAAAGUCGACCAGGAGGAUGCUGAAUUCACGUACAAGUCCAUCGGCACCGAGCUCGCGGGAUGGUUCUCGGCAAAGCCUGCUUUUGACAUGAUGGAGCAUGAGUCUGGUGUGUCGUAUAAGAUGUGA